GGGGCGGGGCGGGGCGCCGCAUCCCCGUGACGCGCCGGCCAACCAGGCGGCGUUGCGGCCCCGGCCCCCUCCGCCGCCUCCUCCCGCCCUCCCGCCGCCGCCGCCGCCGUCGCCAGCAGCCGCCUGCCGCCGGGCCCGUCCGCCCGCCCGCCCGCCGCAUGGAGCUCCGCGGCUUCUGCAGCGCCGAUGGCUCCGACCCCUUCUGGGCGUGGGAUGUCACGUGGAACACCAGCAACCCCGACUUCACCAAGUGCUUUCAGAACACGUUCCUCGUGUGGGUGCCUUGCUCCUACCUCUGGCUCUGCUUCCCCUUCUACUUCCUCUAUCUCUCACACCAUGACCGGGGCUACAUUCAGAUGACCUAUCUCAACAAAACCAAAACUGCCUUGGGAUUUUUGCUGUGGAUCGUCUGCUGGGCAGACCUCUUCUACUCUUUCUGGGAAAGAAGUUGGGGCAAAUUCCUGGCCCCAGUGUUUCUGGUCAGCCCAACCCUCUUGGGCAUCACUAUGCUGCUUGCUACCUUUUUAAUUCAACUCGAGAGAAGGAAAGGAGUCCAGUCCUCAGGGAUCAUGCUCACUUUCUGGGCUGUAGCCCUACUGUGUGCCCUUGCCAUCUUCAGAUCCAAAAUCAUGGCUGCCUUAAAAGAGGAUGCUGAAAUCGACGUGUUUCGCGAUGUCACUUUCUACAUUUACUUUUCGCUCGUGCUGAUGCAGCUCGUGCUGUCCUGCUUCUCGGACCGACCACCGCUGUUCUCGGAAACCAUCCACGACCCCAAUCCCUGCCCGGAAUCCAGCGCCUCCUUCCUUUCCAGAGUCACCUUCUGGUGGAUUACAGGGCUGAUGGUCCACGGCUACCGCCAGCCGCUGGAGAGCACCGACCUCUGGUCCCUGAAUAAGGAGGACACGUCAGAGCAAGUUGUGCCCAUUUUGGUAAAGAACUGGAAGAAGGAGUGUGCCAAAUCCAAAAGGCAGCAGGCGAAGAUGGCGUACUCCUCCAAGGAUCCCGCCAAGCCAAAAGGCGGCUCACAGGUGGAUGUGAGUGAGGAGGCUGAGGUUUUGAUCGUCAAGUCCCCCCAGAAGGAGCGGGAGCCGUCUCUGUUCAAGGUGUUAUACAAGACCUUCGGGCCCUACUUCCUCAUGAGCUUCUUAUUCAAGGCCCUCCACGACCUGAUGAUGUUUGCCGGCCCAGAGAUCUUAAAAUUGCUCAUCAACUUCGUGAACGAUCAAGAGGCCCCGGACUGGCAGGGCUACUUCUACACCGUGCUGCUGUUCGUCAGCGCCUGCUUCCAGACCCUCGUGCUGCACCAGUACUUCCACAUCUGUUUCGUCAGCGGCAUGAGGAUCAAGACAGCUGUUAUUGGUGCUGUCUACCGGAAGGCCUUGGUGAUCACCAACUCAGCCAGAAAGUCCUCCACUGUCGGGGAGAUUGUCAACCUCAUGUCUGUGGACGCCCAGAGGUUCAUGGACUUGGCCACGUACAUUAACAUGGUCUGGUCAGCUCCUCUGCAAGUCAUCCUUGCUCUCUACCUCCUGUGGCUGAACCUGGGCCCGUCCGUCCUGGCGGGGGUGGCUGUGAUGAUCCUUAUGGUUCCUGUCAAUGCCGUGAUGGCCAUGAAGACCAAGACUUACCAGGUGGCCCACAUGAAGAGCAAAGACAGUCGGAUUAAGCUGAUGAAUGAGAUUCUCAACGGGAUCAAAGUGCUCAAGCUCUACGCCUGGGAACUGGCCUUCAAGGACCAGGUGCUGGCCAUCAGGCAGGAGGAGCUGAAGGUGCUCAAGAAAUCGGCCUACCUGGCAGCGGUGGGAACCUUCACCUGGGUCUGCACACCUUUCCUGGUGGCCCUGUCUACAUUUGCCGUCUACGUGACCAUCGACAAGAACAACAUCCUGGAUGCCCAGAAAGCUUUCGUGUCCUUGGCCUUGUUCAACAUCCUUCGAUUUCCCCUGAAUAUUCUCCCCAUGGUCAUCAGCAGCAUCGUACAGGCGAGUGUCUCCCUCAAACGCCUCAGGAUCUUCCUGUCUCAUGAGGAGCUGGAGCCCGACAGUAUCGAGCGAAGGACGGUCAAAGACGGCGGGGGCGCAAACAGCAUCACCGUGAAGAAUGCCACGUUCACUUGGGCCAGGAGUGACCCUCCGACACUAAGUGGCAUCACCUUCUCCAUUCCGGAAGGUUCCUUGGUGGCUGUGGUGGGCCAGGUGGGCUGUGGAAAAUCGUCUCUGCUCUCAGCACUGCUGGCCGAGAUGGACAAGGUGGAGGGAUGCGUGGCUGUCAAGGGCUCAGUGGCCUACGUCCCCCAGCAGGCCUGGAUUCAGAAUGAUUCUGUCCGAGAAAACAUCCUUUUCGGCCGCCAGCUACAGGAACAGUAUUACAAGGCUGUCAUUGAAGCCUGCGCCCUCCUCCCAGAUCUGGAAAUCCUGCCCAGCGGGGACCGGACAGAGAUUGGUGAGAAGGGUGUGAACCUAUCUGGGGGCCAGAAACAGCGAGUGAGCCUGGCCCGGGCCGUGUACUGUGACUCCGAUAUCUACCUCUUUGACGACCCCCUGUCAGCAGUGGAUGCUCACGUGGGAAAACACAUAUUUGAAAACGUGAUUGGUCCUAAGGGGAUGCUGAGGAACAAGACACGGCUCCUGGUCACGCACAGCAUCAGCUACCUGCCCCAGGUGGAUAUCAUCAUCGUCAUGACCAGCGGCAAGAUCUCAGAGAUGGGCUCCUACCAGGAGCUGCUGGCCCGGGACGGCGCCUUCGCCGAGUUCCUGCGCACGUACGCCAGCAGCGAGCAGGAGCAGGCUGAUCAGGAUGAAGGGUUGACCAGUGUCAGCGGUCCAGGGAAGGAGGGGAAGCAGAUGGAGAACGGCACGCUGGUGACGGGUGUCGCAGGAAAACAGCUGCAGAGACAGCUCAGCAACUCCUCCUCCUACAGCAGGGACGUUAGCCACCACCACACCAGCACGGCUGAGCUGCAGAAAGCCGGGGCCAAGAAAGAGGACGCGUGGAAGCUGGUGGAGGCAGACAAGGCGCAAACAGGGAAGGUCAAGCUGUCCGUGUACUGGGACUACAUGAAGGCGAUCGGACUUUUCAUCUCCUUUCUGAGCAUCUUCCUUUUCCUGUGUAACCACGUUGCUGCUCUGGCCUCUAACUAUUGGCUCAGCCUCUGGACCGAUGACCCCAUCGUCAACGGGACCCAGGAGCACACUAAAGUCCGGCUGAGCGUCUAUGGAGCCCUGGGCAUUUCGCAAGGUAUCUCGGUGUUCGGCUACUCCAUGGUGGUCUCCAUCGGGGGCAUCUUCGCUUCCCGCCGCCUGCAUCUGGACCUGCUGCACAACGUCUUCCGGUCCCCCAUGAGCUUCUUCGAACGCACCCCCAGCGGGAACCUGGUGAACCGCUUCUCCAAGGAGCUGGACACGGUGGACUCGAUGAUCCCGCAGGUCAUCAAGAUGUUCAUGGGCUCCCUGUUCAACGUCAUCGGCGCCUGCAUCAUCAUCCUGCUGGCCACGCCCAUGGCCGCCAUCAUCAUCCCGCCGCUGGGCCUCAUCUACUUCUUCGUCCAGAGGUUCUACGUGGCCUCGUCGCGGCAGCUGAAGCGCCUGGAGUCGGUGAGCCGCUCCCCGGUGUACUCCCACUUCAACGAGACCCUGCUGGGCGUCAGCGUCAUCCGCGCCUUCGAGGAGCAGGAGCGCUUCAUCCGCCAGAGCGACCUGAAGGUGGACGAGAACCAGAAGGCCUAUUACCCCAGCAUCGUGGCCAACAGGUGGCUGGCCGUGCGCCUGGAGUGUGUAGGCAACUGUAUCGUCCUGUUCGCUGCCCUGUUCGCCGUGAUCUCCAGGCACAGGCACAGUCUCAGCGCCGGCUUGGUGGGCCUAUCUGUGUCGUAUUCAUUGCAGAUCACCACGUACUUGAACUGGCUGGUCCGCAUGUCUUCUGAGAUGGAGACCAACAUCGUGGCGGUGGAGAGGCUGAAGGAGUAUUCAGAGACGGAGAAGGAGGCUCCCUGGCGAGUCCCGGAGAUGACUCCACCCAGCACCUGGCCUCAGGUGGGCCGAGUGGAAUUCCGAGACUAUGGCCUGCGCUACCGAGAAAACCUGGACUUGGUUCUCAAGAACAUCAAUGUCACCAUCGAUGGAGGGGAAAAGGUUGGCAUCGUGGGGCGGACAGGAGCCGGGAAGUCGUCCCUGACCCUGGGCUUGUUUCGGAUCAACGAGUCCGCUGAGGGGGAGAUCAUUAUCGAUGGCAUCAACAUUGCCAAGAUCGGGCUGCACGAUCUGCGCUUCAAGAUCACCAUCAUCCCGCAGGACCCUGUCUUGUUCUCGGGUUCCCUCCGCAUGAACCUGGACCCGUUCACCCAGUACUCGGAUGAGGAAGUGUGGACGUCCCUGGAGCUGGCUCACCUGAAGGACUUCGUGUCCGCCCUUCCUGACAAGCUGAACUACGAGUGUGCGGAAGGCGGGGAGAACCUGAGCGUUGGGCAGCGCCAGCUUGUGUGCCUGGCCCGGGCUCUGCUGAGGAAGACCAAGAUCCUGGUGUUGGAUGAGGCCACGGCGGCCGUGGACCUUGAAACAGACAACCUCAUUCAGUCGACCAUCCGGACGCAGUUUGAAGACUGCACGGUGCUAACUAUCGCACACCGGCUGAACACCAUCAUGGACUACACGAGGGUCAUCGUCCUGGACAAGGGAGAGAUCCGGGAGUGUGGCCACCCCUCCGACCUCCUACAGCAGAGAGGUCUUUUCUACAGCAUGGCCAAAGAUGCUGGCCUGGUGUGAGCCCUGGAGCUGGUGCAUCUGGUCAGAGCUGUAAGGCCGACGACGCCGGCGUCCGGGGAUGAUGUACUGCGGCACCAUCCUUGGGAACCCAGACCUCCUGUGUACCGAAACCAAAAAGAAGAAAACAAACAAACAAACCAAACACACAAAGCAGC